AUUCUUGAAGAUGACGACAAACAUACAUCUUUAGUUCGAUUUGUUAGUGAUUUAAUUGAAUUGGAUCAACUCUUUAAACAACAUUAUGGAAUCAUCGCAUCACCCUUCAAAUUACCUAUUUUACCCAACUUAUCAGAUUCUCAUAUAGCCACACGUAGUUUACAUCGAUUCUUAUCCAAAUUUAAAAAUAACAAUAACAACAAGAAGAAAAAAUCCAAUGGUGAAAAAGUUGAAACUUAUUUACGAAUGUGUGCCGGUCACCCCUUAUUAGGUACUUCUUCUCUUUUACGCGACUUUUUAUCUCCUCAACAAGAAGAAGAAGAAGAAAAAGAAAAAGAAAAAGAAAAAGAAAAUACCAAAGUGACUCCUCUUGUAUGUACAAAAUCAUCUCCCUUGGCCAACUACAAACAAAAUCAACGUACUCCUACACGAAUGACACUGGAAGAUCUUCAAUUUUUGAAAGUAUUAGGAAAAGGUUGUAUGGGAAAGGUGAUUUUGGUUCGACAACAAUCAUCAGCACGACUAUAUGCCUUGAAAGCCAUUAGUAAGGAAUGGGUGAUUGCUCAACGUGAAGUGGAACAUGCAGUGAUGGAACGCAACAUCUUAUCCAAAGUAUCCAAAGCACAUCAUCCUUUUUUGAUCAAGUUACAUCAUUCUUUUCAAAAUGCCAAUCAAUUAUUCUUGGUGAUGGAUUAUCAUGUUGGUAGUGAUUUGGCCACUCAACUUCAAUUGAAUUAUCAUUUUGAUGAUUAUCGUUGUCGCUUUUAUGUUGCCGAGAUUCUCUUGGGAUUACAAGAAUUACAUCGAUUGGGUAUUUUGUAUCGUGAUUUGAAACCUGAAAACAUUCUCUUGGCGGCUGAUGGUCAUAUUGUUCUGACGGAUUUUGGAUUCUCAAGACUUUUUGAUGAACAAAGCAAUGAUGACAAGAAGAAUACCAUGCCUUAUCAUACACAUACGUUUUGUGGCACUCCAGAAUAUAUGGCACCUGAAGUGUUUCUAUCAGAAGAAUAUACAUUUGCUGUGGAUUAUUGGUCUCUUGGGAUUGUGAUGUAUGAAAUGUUACUUGGUUAUACGCCUUUCAGUCAUGAUAAUGAUGCAGAAUUAUAUCGUCGUGUAUUGGAGGAUCCUUUGGACAUACCAGAAGAUAUGCCAAUGGCGACAGCUGAUUUGAUUCUUGGAUUAUUGGAACGAGAACCUGAAGAGAGAUUAGGAUGUGGACAUAUGUUUGAUAAUCAACUUGGUUUUGAAGAUAUUCGACAACAUCCUUACUUUUCUUCCUUGGAUUGGAAUGAUAUCUAUCAUAAACGAAUGCCUGCACCUUUUAUUCCUCAUCUCAAGUCUGAAACGGAUGUAAGUCAUUUUGAUCCUGAUUUUGUCAAAUUAUCACCUCGACUUUCUACACAACAUCAUGAU